CAUAUGCAACCCACAGAGAGCUUUCUCCAUCGCCACCAGCCCAUGACGUAGGAUCACUCCAAAAGGAAUCGCCAAGCAUCUCGCCAGAUCGGUCAGAAAAAACCCUCGUUCAUGUUGCGCCGCCAAUUCCCCUCGGGCCUCUGCUACUCGACUCGACGGCCGGACGCCCGUACCUGGGCAGCUACGCCCGGCGGGCGGCGUUCUGAACCUCAGAUCAUGUAGCCUCAUUAGAGCAGCUCCCUCCAACCGUUUUGCUAUAUGUUCCGUUCUGCUCCAUCUACACAACCAGCUGGACAUGAUAGGGCCGUGGAUGCAUGUCAAGCAGGCAAACACACCGGCUUAACUGUGUUAUUCUCCGUCUCAUAUAUUCUGCUCUGCUCGAUCACUGAUGGUCAUUGUCGCUCCAUGAUCACAUAUGAACCAAAGGAACUUUACACACAUCACUGCAGUGUUAAUCUUGUCAUAUGAAUAUGUGAGUAUGUUUGGUUCAUGCCAUAGCAUCUGGUACAAAAAUUUGCAAACCAUUUGCUACCAAAAUAUAGAAGCACAUAUAUCAAAAUAAGUGUCAUUGGUUUAGUAUAAAGUUACUACAAAAUUGUGCUAAAUCAACAAUAUUUAUUUUAGGAAGAGGGAGAAUAACUCAGCGGUGCAGGGUUUCUUUUUUUUUGACAACCAACCAUUUCCCCCCUUUGUAUCGCAACGGCUUCAAACUUGCAACUGACCCAGUCGUCUUCCUCCUCCAGCCGCAGCCCCACCUCUUGUACCAUUGGCCCAACUGUCUGCACCACGCCUGCCGGUGCUAACACCUUGCGGAAGCCUUACCGGAGCCACCACCCUGAUGUUGUCCUGGCCAUCUUCCACGAUUCCGUCGUCGGCAACCCUCCCGCACCCGUUCACCCAAUAUACGAUCUAACCUUUGAUUUGCCUUCGCAUGUGACGCUGUGGCCGGCCACGUCGUCGCCGACUCCGGCUCGCUCUUGAUGUCUCGACCUAGGGCGCCGAACAAAAUCGACUGAUUUGAAUUGUGUUUUCAGGCAACCGAGACAUAGCUAACGCGGAGAUUCCUUGAACCUUUGCUGACACAAAAUUGUUGGCAAGAUUUUGUGAGGAGAAUGGGAGGAGAGCUUGCAAGAUUCCAUACGCAGCCAAAAUUUUGACAACCAACCAAGUAAGGGCCAAAAUGUUGGUAGGGCAAAUUUUGGCACCAGCCAGACAUACCGACAAAAGAAAAAGGGAAAAGGGUAGCUAGUGGAAGCUCCACACAUCGGCAUGCAAAUAGAUACUCACCAAAACUAGCUAGAUAACAUAGUGCACUCACCACAUCAUUUGUUUCUUGCAUUGCAUCUUGACACGUACAGCACUUGGCAGUUCACCAUAUAUUGCACGCGUGCACUAACAUAGUGAAUGCUUCUGCCUUGAGAAAAUUGGCUUGUUGUAGAGGAAGCUACAUCUACAUUCAUGCCGGACGGAAUGCUCGGCGAGACGGCGCUCACCGUCCUUCUAGUGCUCGCCGGCCUCGCGACCGGGACCAGGCCGCCGCCACCGCCGGUGUCGGAGGACACGCUGGAGAAGGUCGCCGGCUCGCUGGAAAUGUACGUCGACAGGCUCCCCCAGAUGCCCAAGAUACACGGCUACUCCAUGGAACGCGGCCGCGCCACGCCGGUGCACCUCGCCGUCGGCAUGUACCGCAAGAAAUGGAAAUUCCACCGCGACCUGCCGGCGACCACCGUGUUCGCGUUCGGAGAGUCUGCGAAGAGCGCCACAUUCCCCGGGCCGACCAUCGAGGCCCUGCAAGGGGUCCCUCUGUCGGUGACGUGGGAGAACCACCUGCCGGAGCAACACAUCCUCCCGUGGGACCCCACCGUGCCCGUCGCCAUCCCCAGGCACGGCGGCGUCCCGACCGUCGUCCACCUCCACGGCGGCGUGCACCCGCCGCAGUCCGACGGCAGCGCCUUCGCCUGGUUCACCGCCGGCUUUCGCGAGACCGGCGCCAAGUGGACUACGCCGACGUACGUGUACCCGAACGUUCAGUCCCCCGGUGUCCUCUGGUACCACGACCACGCUCUCGGCCUCACGCGCGCCAACCUCCUCGCCGGCCUCCUCGGCGCCUACGUCAUCCGUAAUCCGGCGGUCGAGUGGCCACUCGGCCUCCCCAGCGGCGACGAGUUCGACCGCGUGCUCGUGCUCGCCGACCGCAGCUUCUACGCCGACGGUUCCCUCUACAUGAACUCCACCGGGGACAACCCGCGCGUCCACCCGCAGUGGCAGCCCGAGUACUUCGGCGACGCCGUCACCGUCAACGGCAAGGUGUGGCCGUUCCUUCCCGUCGCCCGCCGUCGCUACCGCUUCCGCGUCAUCAACGCCAGCAACGCGCGCUACUUCAACCUCUCGCUGAGCAACGGCCUCCCCUUCCACGUCGUCGGCUCCGACACCAGCUACCUGCCCCGGCCGGUCGCCGCCACCCACGUCCUUGUCGGCGUGUCCGAGUCGUUCGACGUCGUCGUCGACUUCUCCGACGACGAGUCCAACACGCCCGAGGUGGAGCUAGUGAACACGGCGCCGUACCCGUUCCCCAACGGCAACGCGCCGGGCCGCCUCUCCAGCAAGGUGAUGAAGUUCGUCGUCGAGCCAGCGAAGACAAGGGACCACUCCAGGGUGCCGGCGAGGCUGCUGGAGUACGUCAAGGUCGCCGAGGAAGAGGCGGCGCGGAAGCGGUACAUCGUGUUGUACGAGUACGACGACGAUGGAGCGACGGGCGGCCCGACGCACCUAUACAUCAACGGGAAGCGCCUGGAGGACCCGGCGACGGAGACGCCGCGCGUGGGCGCGACGGAGGUGUGGGAGGUGGUCAACCUGACGCCGGACGACCACCCGCUCCACCUCCACCUGGCCACGUUCCAGGCGGUGCGCGCCCGGGGGCUUGUCGGGCUGGACGAGUUGAGGCGUUGCAUGGCCAGGCACAACGACGCAGACUGGUGCAACGUGAGCCGGCACGCGGCCGGGGACGUGGUGGGCGUGCCGGAGCACGAGAGGACAUGGAAGAACGUGGGGAAGAUGGCGCCGGGAUAUCUGACGACGGUGGUCGUCAAGUUCUUGAUGGUGGAGACCGGCGAGGCCUACCCCUUCGACGCCACGGCCGAGCCCGGCUACGUCUAUCACUGUCACAUUUUGGAUCAUGAGGACAAUGCCAUGAUUCGCCCACUAAAGCUGAUCAGAUAAUUAUGGCCUCGAUUUUGCUAUUUUUCUAAGACAAAUGAUAAAUAGCUACUUCUGCAGAAAAAUCAUAGUACAAAUCUGACUUUAAGACACAUACAAUUGCAAAUAAUAAGAAAAAAGCCAUCUUCAAGAGGGAGUUGUGUAUGACAGAUGAGCUCAACCUUGCAAAAUUCUAUUGUGGUGACAUCAAGUGGAAAAAUCUUUUAUUGUGUUA